AAAGGAAAAUCGUUUCAAAAUGAGGCUGCUGUUCAUUGGGUUUUCUUUGCUUUUUCUCAUUGGAUCUACCUUUGCAAUGGAUGAUACAUUAAGAAAUGUACUACAGGAGUUACAUAGGUUGAAAAAGACUGUUGCUGAACAAGGGCAGAUAAUAGAUUCAGUGACAGGUCAAUUACAGAAACAGCAAAAGGAAAGUGUGCUGUUAAAAGCCGAGCUUAGUGCAGUAAAGGAAAAGUUAAACUGGCAACAGAAUGAGAUUCCAAAAACAAUGCAAGGAACCAAACAUGAUGGUAAAAUCUUGAAGGAAACAAGCCAGAAUGCAACAAAAGCAGCAAAAAUUGUUCUAAGAAGUGAAAAUAGACUUUCAGGGCAAUUGUUGCAUCUUAGAACAAAACGAUCAGUUUCUCCUUCACUCGAAAUUGGAUUUACGGCAACCAGACAAAGUGGUCAUCCUGUUCAUGAAAAUGGAAUUAUUGUUUUUGAUGCGGUCACAACUAACAUAGGUUUCGCCUAUAACCCAACGACCGGGCUCUUUAAGGCACCAUCUGAUGGACUUUACGUCUUCUUUUUCAACAUCGAAUGCGCGAAAGAUAACGGUGAUACUGAAGCAGAACUUGUGAGAGAUGGGGCUCGCUUAGGAAUGCAGACAUACUGUCACGGACUGGGGAACAAGGAUAACAGUGGUACAUUAGGGGUACUUCAUCUGCACUUCGGUGACACUAUCUGGGUUAAAUUAUACGGUGGUGACAACAGAGUUUUUGGAGCAAAGACACUUUUUUCUGGAUUUUUAGUAAAACAGAACUUGUUUAAAUUCAUGAUUACUUUAGUAAAUGUGUACAUUUAA